AGGUGUUGGGGGGGGCCCGGGACCUGCCGACUCCGGAGUCCGGCUCCGGGAGGCGGGGCGGGGAGUGGCCCUGCCCAGGCUGCGGGUGCCGGGCGAAGCGCUAAAGCGGGUCAGGCUUCCUUCUUCUCUCCUCGCCUUUCCUCCCCUCCCACCUGGGCCUCUGCGUGGAGACGCGCACCUGGCAACGGGCGGCCGCGCUGCGUCCCCGCCUUCUCCACUGGGCCGGGUGCCCCGAGCCUACCCAGCACCCCGAGGCGGUCGUCGGCGCCGCGCUUCCUGGAGACGGCCUCGAGCGCUUGCUCGUUGAUGCCGUUUUGGGGGUGACCCGGCGCAGCACGGCUGCGGCUCUAUGGUGGGGGGGUGUUAGGGGUCGCGGCUCGGCUGGGCGUCGAGUGCGCGGCUGCGGGGUGGCAAAGCGGCCAGCGAGCAAGACCCCGCGCGCGGCUCGGAUUUCGGGGCUCUGGAGGAGGCCGCCACGGCUGCGCGGGAGCGGGAGAUGUUGGAGCUGAGGCACCGGGGAAGUUGCCCCGGCCCCGGGGGAGCGGUGGCGCCGCCACCCCGCGAGGGAGAGGCGGCUGGUGGGGACCACGAAACCGAGAGCACCAGCGACAAAGAAACAGAUAUUGAUGACAGAUUUGGAGAUUUGGAUUCCAGAGCAGAUUCUGAUAUUCCAGAAAUUCCACCAUCCUUAGAUAGAACCCCUGAGAUCCUGAAGAAAGCUUUGUCUGGUUUAUCUUCAAGGUGGAAAAAUUGGUGGAUUCGUGGAAUUCUUACUCUAACUAUGAUUUCAAUGUUUUUCCUGAUCAUCUAUAUGGGAUCCUUUAUGCUGAUGCUUCUUGUUCUGGGCAUCCAAGUAAAAUGCUUCCAUGAAAUCAUCACUAUAGGUUACAGAGUCUAUCAUUCUUAUGAUCUUCCAUGGUUCAGAACACUGAGUUGGUACUUUCUAUUGUGUGUAAACUACUUUUUCUAUGGAGAGACUGUGGCUGAUUAUUUUGCUACAUUUGUUCAGAGAGAAGAACAGCUUCAGUUCCUCAUUCGCUACCACAGAUUUAUAUCAUUUGCCCUCUAUCUGGCAGGUUUCUGCAUGUUUGUACUGAGCUUGGUGAAGAAACAUUAUCGUCUGCAGUUUUAUAUGUUCGCAUGGACACAUGUCACUUUACUGAUAACCGUUACUCAGUCACAUCUUGUCAUCCAAAAUCUGUUUGAAGGCAUGAUAUGGUUCCUUGUUCCAAUAUCAAGUGUUAUCUGCAAUGACAUUACUGCUUACCUUUUUGGAUUUUUUUUUGGAAGAACUCCUUUAAUUAAGUUGUCUCCUAAAAAGACAUGGGAAGGAUUCAUUGGCGGUUUCUUUUCUACAGUCGUGUUUGGAUUCAUUGCUGCCUAUGUAUUGUCAAAAUACCAGUACUUUGUGUGCCCAGUGGAAUACCGAAGCGACAUCAACUCCUUUGUCACAGAAUGUGAGCCCACAGAACUUUUCCAGCUUCAGAGUUACUCACUUCCUCCCUUCCUACAGGCAGUAUUGAGACAGGAAACAGUGAGUUUAUAUCCUUUCCAGAUACACAGCAUUGCUCUUUCAACAUUUGCAUCUCUAAUUGGCCCAUUUGGAGGCUUCUUUGCCAGUGGGUUCAAAAGAGCUUUCAAAAUUAAGGAUUUUGCAAAUACCAUUCCUGGACACGGUGGGAUAAUGGACAGAUUUGAUUGUCAGUAUUUGAUGGCCACUUUUGUGCAUGUGUACAUCACGAGUUUUAUAAGGGGUCCAAAUCCCAGCAAAGUGCUUCAGCAGUUGUUGGUGCUUCAACCAGAACAGCAGUUAAAUAUAUAUAAAACCCUGAAGACUCAUCUCAUUGAGAAAGGAAUCCUACAGCCCACCUUGAAAGUAUAGCUGGAUCCAGAGAGGGGAGGACUGACAAGAAAGAAUUCUGCAGAAAAGCACUGAGAGAUGAAAUCUUGUAACUGUACAGAAAAAUGGUUGAAAAUGCAAUAGAUUGACAUUUUACAGGCAUGAAUGUUGGUUCUCUGAAAUUACUGUGAAUAUUUAACAAACACUUACUUGAUCUAAGUUGUGAAAUAAGUAGCAAAUUGCCAGCAAAAUAUCCUGUACUUUUUCUAAGAUGUAUUUUCUGAUGUUAACUUCCUUCCCCUUACUUGCUGGGUUUCAUAAUUUAAAAGACUUGUAUUUUAAAGAGUCAAACACUAUAAAAUAAGUAAAUCGAGGCGAUCUUAAGAUUGCACCUGGCAGUGGGAUCUUUUGCACAAAUGUUCACUUUUGCACUUGGAGCUACUCUUUGAUUUUAACAGAGUAUUGUUUGUAAGGCACACCGGGGAGUCCGCUCUGCUUCUCAGUCUGAAGUAUUUUCUGAAGGGCUGAGUUUGAUGGGGGGAAAAUGAUUGUCUACUUUUCUUUUUUUUUUUUUUUUUCCUUUCUUUUUUUGGUGGUUGUUUUGGCUUGGUUUUCUGUUGCUGGGGAGUGAACCAGGCCUUGCACAUUCUAGAUUCUAGUCAUGUGCUCUAGGAUUGAGUGACACUCCAGCCUGACUUUCCACUUUUCAAAGAAGUAAUCAUUUUCCAGGAGAAAGCAUUCUGCUUUUAGGUAGGUUCAAACUUCAAUAGAGGGAGGAUUAAAUUUCUGCCAUUAUUUGUGUGUUUAAAAAAAGCACUCCACUUCUGAUAAAAUUAUUUGGAAAAACACAGCCUUACAGAAACUUUCCAAGAGAAACAAAGGAGAUUUCUGCCUGAAGAACACAGUGUUCGGAUCCUCCUCUGCAGAUGAUCUCAACGGGACUAUAGUUCAGGAGGCAGCUUCUAAAACAGUGCUGUGUGGCCUGAGCCCCCUCUUGGUCGAGUUCUCCGCUUUUUUCUUGUUUCCCUGUGAACUGAUUUUGCUAAGGUGUGUAGUGGUAGGCACACAGCAAGGUCAGUGCUCAGGGCAGUGAGUGGUGUGGUAGCCAAAGCAGAGGAGGGGAUGCUUAGCUGAGCAAGGCCCGUAGGAGGGGGCCCCUGAUCCUAUGUUUUGGGUACCUCCUUCCAGAUCUCCAGUGAAGCCCUUCAGAGACUUUUCUAAAAAGAAGGAAGAAGACUCAGUCCCAUGUCAACUCCCUGGGGGUGGCUAACCUUUGUCCCAUUGUUCUUUCUCAUCAUGUCAUAAAAUCUAAGGACAUCAGCUGAUUAUUUUUUCUCGUAAGAAUGAAAAUCAAGUAGAAGUGAUUGCCACCAAAACCAAAAAGCACACGAAUGCCAAACCAUUCCUUUGGUGGGCUGGACACUGUAAGCAAACAAAAAAGAGUAAGUUUCUUUUCCUUGGACACAAAUAAGCUCCUAUUGUGUGCUCCCUACAGCCAUAUUUAAUGUAUUGAACUGUCAGCAAUAAACCUGCACAAAGAGCCCAGUGCUCCUGGUCAAAUGUUCAGAGGGGAGAUAGAGAUCUAUUUUAAAGAAUGUUUUGCUAAUGAAAAGUAAAUAUUUUUGUUUAGAUCAAAAAAAAAUUCCAUUAUUUUAUAUGUCCACGCUACUGCUAUAUUUAAAAGACUAUAACUCUGCCUGGGUUCCACACGUGGACCCGCGCUGUCAGCCUCAUGGCAUACCACAGGGAUGGCAGAGGAUAGAGCACUUGGCACUAAGACCCUCAGGGUUGGGUCUGGUGUCCACUUAGCUGAUUCACCACUGCUGCACGUGUUCAGUGAGCAUUGUGUCUGUCACACCACUCUACAAAAACUAGAAUUGGCACUGAAAGGGUUAUUACAGGAGGGAAUUAUCACCUUUAAAAUCAGGCCACCUACAUAUUGAUUUUCAGUACUCUUGCAUUUAUUUCCCCCACUAACAGCACCAAAUGUUGAUCAUCAAAAAUGUGAGAUACAACAGUUUAGAAAACAGAAUGAAAAUUUUGCGAUAGGAAUUUAUGUUGAAAAUUUGACCUUUACACAAGUAAAAACUCCUUGAAGAUUCACAAAGCCCUCCGCAUUUUUAUUUGAAGUACUUGAUGAGGCAUUGCAAGACAGAAUUAUGAGAGCAUCACUAAAUACAUGUAUUACAAAAUCAAUAUCAUUACAAAGUGUGAAGCUGGAAACAUUUCGGGUCACAGUAAAAGCUUUUCUCAAAUAAACUUUUAGAUUUGGGUGUACUUUAUUCUUUAUGUAAAAAGAUAAAUUCUUAAAAUUUUAACGGAGCUCUAAAGAUUAACCUUUGUAGUGUACUUUUAUAGCAUGUAUAUUCAAACUAUAUAUUUUAGCAGAAGAUUGCCAUAAAACCAUGACUUUGGUCAUUUUUGUAUUUGCACUGGGAAGAGGGCUAAAAUUCCAAUGUAGCGAUGUGGCGGUGGAAAAAUGGAAAGCUGGGAACUUCUUUCACAGCAGUGGCCAGUGUUCCAAAGUGGCCAUUGGGGAAGGUAGUCCAUUGUACUCACUGCUUGACUUUUUUACCUGUGGGAUGCGAUGUUUCCUCAAUGCUUUCUCCCUUGUGGUUGGUGGUGCUUAUACAGUGACUGAGAAUACAAAGACCACCUGCCCCCCCUUUUCAUUUUUAGUAUCUCUUCAUUUGCACUUUGGUUUGAACAAAGAUAGUGUCACCUUGUUCAAAGAAAAGGACAAGGUACAAACAGUGUGUAUAGACUGUAUAUAGGUGAAAGUUGUGUGUCAAUCAGUUCUCUGAAUCUUUUUACUGAAACAGAUAGGGAAAUAAAACUUCAAUCACAUUUUGA